AUGGCGCUGACAGUACAACCCUCGCUGCUCAUACUUGUUUCUCAAACACUUUUGGCUGCGUGUCAUCUGCCAGGCACCUCUGAUGACGAUGAUUCCCUGACACAUGCACCCAGUGUUCUGGGAGAUGUGCUUGUUAGAGAACCGCAGCAUCUCUGUUCUGUUAUCUUCCUUACUGAUGACCGCACCUACAACUCAUUUCUAAUAUCAGUAACAGGAGAAAAGAACUUUUCAUCGGGUUUGUCAGUUUUCGAGGUGUCAGCGGGCGGCCCGGACGCUAACGUGACGCUGGCACAGCUCUCCCAGGUGGUCGGCGAGGCUCGGAAGGUGCGGCAGGCGUCAUGGUGCGUUACGGUGGUGGUGGUGAGUGACGACCUCGCCUUCCUCGCCGCCGUCGCCCAGUGGUCCCUCAAGAGCGGCCUCCUGGUGUGGUCGACGAGGCUCCUGGUGGUCACCCGCCUUCCCCUCCACCACCUGCACGUCCUCCACAACACCUUCUCCAUCACCAACUCCAUGCUGCUCCUUGUGGAAGGUGCAUCGAAAAUUCAAAGGUGCAGUGUGUACAUCCAGUUACCGUACAGCCCCCGGGGAGGCCAGGCGCUGAAGGUGGCCUCCUGGACGCCCCACCGAGGCCUCGCCCUCACCUCCAGUGUCCCACUCUUCCCUGACAAGUUCUCCAGACUCGUGCAUCACCCGACGUUAGUAGUGGCCGGGGAGGUGUACCCCGGCCAGACGGAGGCGCUGGUCGACGACCCUCAGGCUCCCGACGGCAGGAGGCUGGUCUUCAGGGGGCCCGCUGCUAGCGUCCUCGACUACCUUGCGCAGGCUCUCAACUUCUCGUACACCUAUAUCAGGGAGCAUGAUGGCAAUUUUGGCACCAUGUUGAACAGGGUCGUCUGGAAGGAGGCAGAUAUCGCGCUUGGUCCCUUCGUUGUAAGUUACAGUCGACUUGAAGUUGUCGACUUCUCGUGGCCACUACAUGUAGGAGUGUCAAAAAUCCUGGGCGGCCGAGGCCGGCCGGUGAAGGACCCGUGGAGCUUCCUGUUUCCCCUGACGCCCCUUGUGUGGGUGGCGACCCUGUCGUCGGUGCUGGUGCUGCCUCUGACGGUGCUCCUCUUGAGCUCCUGCUUCUCCCUUAAGAUGGCUGACGCAGGUGUUUCAUUGUCAAAAAUAUUCACUUACAUUCGCGUAUUAUUGCAACAGGACUUCAGCACCUCGGAUGAGUGGUGGUGGGAGAGGAUGGUGAUGCUGGCGUGGAUGAUGGUGACGCUCGUAUUGACAAGGAGCUACUCUGGCAACCUUCUUGCUCUCCUGGCCGUCAAAUACAUUCCUCAGCCCUACCAGACUCUGGAAGAUGUUGUGCGCGACCCGUCAGUCAAAAUGAUAUGGAAAGCUAACACCAUAUACGAAAACUAUUUUCGUACCUCAACGUCUGGCAUUUACCGCGAGGUUGGUGAUCUGGAGACGAAGGGGCGAGUGGUGCGCAGACCUCACUCGGAGAUCAUCGCUGCCCUGGACACUCUGGUGAGGCAGGGAGACCAUGUCCUCAUGGAUAUUGACGACAACAUCAUCAGCCUUAUGUUCGAUGAUUUCCUGCGAACAG